GUUAUAGCAAAAAAUAAAUAAAUUCAGAGAACGUCAAUGGUCACGGCUUUCAAUUGUUUGCAAAUGAUGCAAAAACUUUGAGCAUUUUGUAAUUUUUGCACGGAAAAUCGUCACAAUUUUUUUUAUUUAAUUGUGUGGAAAGACUACGACUGAUUGGAAUUGAUCAUUUGAUAGCGUAAUCACCAGUGUUAGAAAAUGUUCAGCCGCAAUUGAAGAGUGUUUUGCAAAAAGAUGCUAGUGAGCUGUUGUUUGCUUCACACAUUGGAACAAUACAAUGGAAAUUGAUUUUUAAACAAUAACAAGCCGACGACAUAAACAAUUCCGCCUUUAAGUAUUUCUGAAACUGCGUCAGCUAUUUUGUGACAAAUCAAUAACAUCCGACAAGUCGUUGCGAACAGACGUCGAUUUGAAAUUGCAGUUAAAUGACGCUGAGCAUGGAUUUGCCGGAGGACGAAGACGUUCAAUUAACCGAACAAAACUUUCGAAAUGUUUGCCGAUUGUGUUUACAUGCCGACGAGUCAUUCGUCAAUGUGUUUGACCGUAUCGAACAGAAUCCAUCGAAGCAACCGUUAGCCGAUCGAGUUUAUGAUUUGUAUCAAAUCAAGCUACUGAAAGAUGAUGGUUUGCCAACAAACAUUUGUCAUCGUUGCCUGUACAACACGGAGCUGUUCUUCGAGUUUCGCGAUGGUGUGCAUCAGUGUGAACGAAAGUUGCAAGAUUUUGUGGUAUCACUGGCCGGUCGUUCAAAUGACAUCACGCCAACCGAAUGGAAUUUGAACAGUAUUCUCCAUGAGCAACAUGAAUCGAGUGACUUGGAACAAAACAAUGUCGUGGUAAUUGAUCCACUAAAGUGUUACGAAUCCUCUGAGGAUGAACACAAUGACGAAGAAAUCACAGAAAUUCGACCGGCCGAAGUGAACAAAGAUUUGAUGGCAACGCUGCUGUCUCAGUUCCCUGUGCCGAACAACAAUGGUGCUUUUGUGAGCCAUUCGAACAAACCAACGGGAUUUUUGGACGCUAAACCAUUGCGAAAUGUGUGUUUUUGCAAGUAUUGUGAAGCAGCAUUCGUCCAUCGAAAUGAUUGUGAUGCUCAUGAAGGAAGCAGUCAUGAUCCAGUGAUGCCACAUCAAUGCACCUUCUGUCCAUUCCGAUGCGAUACCCAGUCAGAUUUCAUUGGCCAUAUCAAAGAGUUCCACGAUCCAGAGCGACCGUACUUUUGUACGCAAUGCAGCAAAAACUUUGGUCGUCGAGCCGAUUUGCGGAAGCAUGCUGUCAGCCACACGGGCAUUCGACCAUUUUCGUGUCCAGUGUGCGCCAAAACCUUUUCACGCAAAACAAAUGUCACGAAUCAUAUGAAAAUCCAUGAAGACAAGAAACACGGUAGCAACAACGAUCUAUCACGCCCGCAAAAAUCGUCGAACAAAUCAAAGAAUGCAUUUUCACGGGCCAAUUCGGUGAACCUGGGAUACCAGUCAAUGCCAGUGGAUGGAAAUUUCCAAGCGUUCCCCAAUCAAGGCUAUCAAGUGCAACAGGAAAAUGUCAUCUAUUCCAAAUGCAACGUGAAAUCUGAACCAAACACCAUACCCAAGCUAAAACUCAAGUUAACCAAACCAUUUUCACCCGCCGCAGCUCCAACUUCACCACGAUUCCCUUGUACAAAAUGCAAAAAAUCCUUCAAAACCAAACGCGAUCUGGAUCGACAUUCUCAAACUCAUGGCACUGGCAUGAAAUUCCAAUGUUCGUACUGUCAAAAGGGAUUCCCAAACAAAUACAAAUUAUUGCGACACGAAAAGAUUCAUACAAAUCGAAACAAAACGGCAGCCUUGCCUGAAUCAGCAUUUUUGGUGGAGAAUCUGAAACGCGGCUCACAUUUGACAUCGGAACACAAAUCAUCACCACAAGCCAUGACGGCGGCGGUGGCGGUGGCGACGGCGACACACAUCGACCAGCAACAAUCAUUCAAACCGGACAGUUUUCGGCCACAAUUCUAUGCCGAAUAUGAUCUCAGCGCAGCAAACAAUUGAACAUGAUUAUUUUUUUAAAGUUUAGUAUUCAAUCAUUAAGUGCACAAAAUGAAACCCGUUUCAUUUCAUUCAAUGGAAAGAUGAACAAAACAAAAUAAAACAAUUCAAGAAGCAUUGUGAUCAAGGUUUGACAUAGGUCUUACUCCAUUUUUUUUAAGCCAUUCAAUUUUGCAAACGAAUUACGCUCUUCUUUGAACAAAAUAUGUAGAAAGAAAACCAAAAAAAAAACUAACAAAAAUUAACACACACAUACACACCAUAGGAGUACAACAAUUUCGGUAUUAAGCUUAGAAUUGUAAUCGAAUUUGGUUUGUGUUUUUUUUUGCUAAUCCAAUGGAACUCAGCUUUUAGUGUUUAGGUAAGAAAAAUGAAUAAAAUUUUGAAGUACACAAACAAA